AUGUAUCUCAACUGGCUGUCUUUCGAAUACACGGAGAAUAAUGGCGGUUUCCACGCAGGCAGGGUCGCUGACUGCAAUACCAUGAACCGUGUGUUUAACACGAAGAGCCAGAGCCCUAAUUCUAUUUUCAGAGAUGUCACACCCGCCCAAGCACUCGCAAACACAAUGUCGUGCUACGGCGGACGUUGUCCAACCAAAGACCGCAUCGGCGAAUUCUUCAUCCUCGAGGAAAGCAUCAACAAGUUGAAAGAAAACGUCCUCGGCGAGAUGCGCAAAGACGCAGACUUCAAGGCGCUCAAUUGCAAGUCGAGAAACUGGCGAGAAAACCGGGCUAAAUUGACCACUCUGUCUGCUGUGUUCCAGUACAUCAGCCACCCAGAAGUCGCUGCCGUGUUCGUCAAAGUAAACAACCGCAUGCGCGAUGUGCUCAAAGCCCUCGACGCUGAUCCAUUCUACUCCCAGUACAGACCUGCACCGCUAAAAGUACCUGGCGAUCUUUCCAUCUCCCAUCUUGGGUGGCUAGGUGCAUACGACUACUUCAUGGGCAUGUUUCUUGAUGCGGCGCAGGAGAGGACGCGGCAGUAUGCAUACACGUGCGUAAAUGUUGUUGUGGACCAGAUCAAUGCCGACAGAAGCCUUGAUAGGGAUGAAAAGGCGAGGCAGGUAGCGAUGUUGAUGUCGAAUCGGAAGUCUGGUAUGUGGAGAAACGAAGUGUUGGCGUUUGGCGACGGGUAUUCGGGUUUGAUGACAAGGGAGUGGUCGUGA